AGGAGCGCAACGCGUGGUUUACAGUGAACCCCCGCCAGCAACGAGCCGAUUAGAAUCUUCUGUUUGGAAAGAAGGGGAAACACUCCAAGACUUGUCCUGAUUCCACAUAUACUGUGUACAUGAGGCGGGAGUCAGCGUAGCCUGCAGGAGGACGAGUACGCGUGGUGGGAGAUGUGCGGAAAAUGCGCAGCUGAAGUGUGGGGAGGACACACCGUGAGAGUUGAGCGUUCACGCUGACACAAGUUUCAUUUCCACGCGUCAGUUAGUCGGAGGAGCAGCGGGGAUGGCCCGGGGAGGAUUGUUUUGCUCCGGUUUGACGCGUCUUUGACUGUUGAUGCGUCCAUGUGGCUGAAAACACCGGGCUCGAAUAUCAGUUACCGGGUCCCGACCAAUCCCUGCGCGCUGUCAGAGCUCGAGAGGAGACGGCAGACCGGAGAGAGGCGGACAGACCGGGGAGAAUCCAGAGAGAAGCACACACCCAGUCAUCCAUCCAUCCAUCUAUCUAUCCAUCCAUCGUCUAUCCUCCGUCACCCCUCCCGGCCCGACACUCCGGCAUCUCCCUCCUUCCUCCCUCCUCCUCUUCCUCCUCCUCUCCUCCUGGUCCCUCUGACUGCAGCUGUUCGGGUUAACCGGGGAGGCAGGAUGCGCGAUGGGACAAGCGUGCGGACACGCGCUCCUCUGCCGUAGCCAGCCGCCGUCCUCUGAGAUACGUGGUCAGCAAGUGGUGUUUCUGCGUCCUGAGGAGAGUUCAGCUCCAGCCCUGACUACCAGACAGUCCACCACGUUGUCCGAACAACUCCAGGAUGCUUUGCUGCGGCUGGCGGCGGUUGUCGACGCACGUUCGCUGCGAGCGGCCCUUCGAGACAGCACACAGGAGCUGCUUCCCAGCACGGAGUGUGUAUGCGUCUACUUGCUGGAAGGAGACUCGAGGCUGCUUUCAGACGACCCGCCGCAUGAACUGCCACAGGAGGGAAAGAUCAGGAGCAUUGCAGACCAGCUGAAGCGAUGUCAGUGUGCUGGCCUUCCUCCAUCCGAACUGCCAGAGAAAUACAGAAUCUACAUCGCAGCACCGUUACCAGCCCACAGAAGAGCUGUUGUCGUUCCCAUCUUGGACCAGGACCAACACAAGGUCAUCGCUGUCUUACUGGUGGGCUGUAAUCCUCUAUCUGAUCAGGACGAACUGCACCUGAAUGUGCUGGAAAAACAUGCCUCAGUGGCGUGUGUGCGGGUUCAGGCUGUUCAGGCGUCCUACCAGAGGCCUCCUCUCAGCCCCUCCCCCUUACAGUCCCACAAUGCACUGCUGCACCUCAACGUCUCAGAGCAGGACUACUGCGAGCUGGACCGCAACAUUUUGCAACUUUGUGGUGAGCUCUAUGACCUUGAUGCAGCCUCUCUCCAGCUCAAAGUCAUCAAUUAUCUGCAGCAGCAAACUCACUCACAGUGCUGCUGUUUGCUUCUGGUGUCUGAGGACAACCACCAGCUUUUUUGCCAGGUAGUCGGGGACAAAGUCCUGGAGGAGGAGAUCAGUUUCCCGCUGAUGUUUGGACGUUUUGGUCAGGUUGUGGAGAAGAAGAAGUCAAUUACACUUCAGGAUAUUAGUGCUGAGGAGAAGAGGCAGCUGUCCAGUAUGCUGGGUUGUGAGAUCUCCUCCAUGCUGUGUGUCCCAGUAGUCAGCAGGGCCACUGGUCAGGUGGUGGCACUGGCAUGUGCCUUCAACAAACAGGGUGGACAGAGACACACAGAGGUCGAUGAACAUGCCAUCCAGCACUGCUUCUGCUACACUUCAACGGUCCUCACUUCAACUUUGGCCUUCCAGAAAGAACAGAAGCUCAAAGUGGAGUGCCAGGCGCUCUUACAAGUGGCCAAGAACCUCUUUACACACUUGGAUGAUGUGUCAGUGCUGUUACAGGAAAUUAUAGUGGAGGCCAGGAACCUCAGUGAUGCAGAGAUCUGUUCAGUGUUCCUGCUGGAUCGGGUCAGCCAUGAGCUGGUGGCGAAGGUGUUUGAUGGCGGUGUGGUGAGCGACGAGGAGAAGGAGUUUCGUAUUCCAGCUGAUCAGGGCAUCGCAGGUCACGUUGCCACCACUGGUCAGAUUUUAAACAUUAAAGACGCCUACUCCCAUCCUCUCUUCUACCGCGGUGUCGAUGACAGCACCGGCUUCAAGACUCGCAACAUCCUCUGCUUCCCCAUCAAAGAUGAGAACAACGAGGUGAUUGGCGUCGCCGAGCUGGUGAAUAAAAUGAAUGGGCCGUGGUUCAACCGCUUCGAUGAGGAUCUGGCCACAGCUUUCUCCAUCUACUGUGGUAUCAGCAUCGCCCACUCUCUGCUCUACAAGAGAGUCCACGAGGCUCAGUUCAGGUCCCACCUGGCUAAUGAAAUGAUGAUGUACCAUAUGAAGGUUUCAGAGGAAGAGGUGUCCAAGCUGCUGGUGCAGGGGAUCGAUCCGGUGCAGGAGAUUCACCCGUGCUUCGCAGAAUUCACGUACACGCCACGAUCCCUGCCUGAUGACACCACACCCAUGUGCAUCCUCAGCAUGUUUGAAGACAUGGGUUUCAUCAACACGUACAAGAUGGAAAUGCACACUCUGGCCAGGUUCUGUCUGAUGGUGAAGAAAGGCUACAGGGAUCCUCCGUACCACAACUGGAUGCACGCCUUCUCCGUCUCACACUUCUGCUACCUGCUCUAUAAAAACCUAGGGCUGUCCAACUACCUCGAGGAUAUAGAGAUUUUAGCUCUGUUUGUGUCCUGUAUGUGCCAUGACCUGGACCACCGUGGCACCAACAAUUCUUUCCAAGUCGCCUCGCAAUCUGUGCUGGCUGCUCUCUACAGCUCAGAGGGAUCUGUGAUGGAGAGGCAUCACUUUGCCCAGGCCAUCGCCAUUCUGAACACUCACGGCUGCAACAUCUUUGAGAAGUUCAACAGGAAGGACUACCAACGCAUGUUGGAUCUGAUGAGAGACAUAAUUCUGGCUACAGACCUUGCUCACCACCUGCGCAUUUUCAAGGAUUUACAGAAGAUGGCUGACAUUGGAUACAAUCCAAAAAACCGGACCCAUCGCUCCAUGCUGCUGUGCCUGCUGAUGACUUCGUGUGACCUGUCAGACCAAACCAAGGGCUGGAAAACCACACGGAAGAUCGCUGAGCUGAUUUAUAAAGAGUUCUUCUCUCAAGGAGAUCUGGAAAAAGCCAUGGGGAACAGGCCCAGUGAGAUGAUGGACAGAGAGAAAGCGUACAUCCCAGAACUGCAGAUCAGCUUCAUGGAACAUAUCGCCAUGCCCAUCUACAAGCUGCUGUCUGAACUGUUUCCUGGGGCCACCGAGCUUUACGAGAGAGUGGCAGCAAAUCGUGAGCAGUGGACCAAAGUGUCCCACAAGUUCACCAUCCGUGGGUUGCCAAGCAACAACAGCCUGGACUUCCUGGACCAGGAGUACGAGCUGCUGCAGUCCCAGGGGGCUUUCGGGAGCGAUGACCACUGCCUCAACGGUUGCCUUGACGACACAGAAGGAGGAAGGGGUCAGUGACAGCGGCGGGGCUGCUGACGGUUUCGUGAAGUUUUCUGUCUGUGGUCCAAUAAGAGGCUGAGGAUUCCUUUUCAGCGGCCCAAGAGGGACGGUUCUCUCUGCUGUCAAUCACUUAGAUGCUUAGCAGGCCGUGCAGAAGGGACGGGACAACGUUUCAAACUAACUGAAUCAGACGAGCGAUCUGAAACGAGGGGAUCCAUCUGAGCUGAUUAGAUGCUACAUGUGGCUUGUGUCUACAGCUGUGGAAAGCAGAAGGUGGUGACUUUAUCUUUUUCAGCAGCUAUUCUGGAAAAAUAGGUUUUUACCACUAGUCACAAGUUCACUCAUACAGUGCUGAUCCUGAUUACGAUUGUAAAAACACACACACACAUUGACACACAUGUACAUGCACAUGCUGUUUAGACACACAAGAUGGGGGGGGGGGGCAUUCAUUCUUAUGGCAAAGACUACUUCAACAUGUAACAGUAAGAUGAAGUGCUAUACUUUCUGUAAAAUGUUUCAUAAUAGCUUAUAUUGAUUUAAAAAGCUCAGCUUUGUUCAGACAAAAGCAGCUGCCAUAGCCCUCACCUGAUGCUUAUGAAUGCAUGCUGUACGGACACCUCAUGUAUUAUUCCUUUUAUCUGGGUCAGUGUUGAGUUUCUCCACAGCUAAGAAAUUAAUACAGUCCAUUUUUAUACCAUCACAACACGUUUUUGUAUUCAGCUCUUCAGAGUAUAUUUAAUUAAUUCAUGACCAUAAACUUGUACAGGGAGUUUUUCUUCAUUUGUUAAGAAAACAUUUUAACCCUCUUGUGUAUUGAGUCCCUUUCCCUCAUUGUGUUUGUUUUUGGGGGUUAAAAGGACAAUUUGACAAUCACUCAUCAAUUACAGUCACUGAUCCUGGACUCUACUCCAUGCAUACAGCAGUAAAAACGCUCCCUCUCUCCAUACUAAGAGCAUGUCACUACAUCAAGUAAGCAUUUACACCUCAAACAACAGCCACUCAUUUCCUAAAAUCCACUUUCAGUUUUUUCCUCUCAUCAUCCCUCACACUCCUCAGCACCUCUUUUUUUUUUUUUUUUUUUUUACUGAUUUUCUCAUAAACUCACUUAGAUAGAGAGCAACUGAAGCCCUUUAAAGGAUCCAUCUCAUUCGUUCGUGUAAAUGUGCCAGAUUAGAGCGUGUUAUAUGGAGUGUGUCAUAUGGAUCUGCCUUAUUGCGCAUCUUUGCUGCCUUUCUUAGAGCUUUUAAUAUAUGAAAAUUGAAAUAAAGAGUCUGUUUAGUAUGUAUGUUGUGUAUUUGUUAUAGACAUAGUAUGAGUACCAAUGUGUUGACUGAAUGAUCGCCAUGCUGAGAAGAUGUAUAUUUGUGAAAUAACUGUGUGAAGACCUCAGAUGUCAUGUCAUUUCACUUCUUUCUAUUUUAUCUGUACCUUUGGGUGUUAUAUACGCAGGCAUAAAAGCAUUUUGUUCAGUUCUCAGUGCACCCAAAACAUUCUUUUUUUUAAAGAAAAAAAAAAGGAACUCGAGAUGUAGCCAUCACAGAAAUGACCCGUUGAACAGUUCACUAUUUGCUGCACUCCAAAGGAAAUGUUUGGGAAAAUAGAGUAAAGUUCUCAGAUUGUGCCUCAUAGAAAACCUGACAUUUUUUGGGGAGGGGGGUCGUGGUGUAUUCUGUUACAAUACACUAUAUUCAGUUGUCCCUAACAAUGUUUAAACCAGGGAAUGCUGCAGAGUCAAGAUAACCGCAGAAUAGUUGAAAAGAGAAAAAUCUCUAAUGGACAUCACUGUAUGUAGGCUGCAUGUGGAGAGUCAGCGAGCGAAUGAGUGGAUGGACGAGUGGGUGUUUGGAUGAGAGAGAAAGCAGUGGAGGUAGCUGGUUGAGGAUCAGGAGAGAAAUGCUGGUGUAACAGGUCUUUACAAAGCUGGUAUUGACAGAAAUGAGGCUGAACCUUGUGUGAUCUGCUUGAAUUUCUUCUUCAUGUCUCUGUCCUUUUAUACAGCCCUAAUAAUGUUAGUGUCAGUGAAAGCAGAUGAAAGCUAAAAUAUUGCAAUCAUAGGAUUUAAAUGUAUAAUCUGUCUUUGAAAGGCUCUCACAAAGGUGCAUCGGUGAGGAAGGUUAAUUGGUUCGCAAAAGUGGUUUGAUGUAUGUGUUAUACCUACACUGGGAUGUGCAUUAGCUUGGCUGGAUGAAAGCGUUUGAUCUACCUUGGUCUGCUUCACGGACUGAAUAUUUUUACUAUAACAUUUUUAAAGAGGGCAUAGCUGUGUUUGUAGAAGAGCCACUCUCUCUUUCUCAAACUCACUCGUGGUUUUCCCAUUUCUAUUAUUUUCAGAACCACUGUUUCGUAUGUACCUGCCUUUUUUCAUGUGCAAUAUGAAGUGUCUGCCUCUGUGACAUUGCAUAGAUUCCUAUGUAAAUACCUAUGCCUCUUGUUAAAUUAUUGCUUUAGGUCUGAGUUGCCAAAGGCUUUUAAGUGUUAGAUCCUGAUGUUUCCAUUGAGAAAAAAAAAUAGUCAAUGGAGUGUGACAAUUUUAAUCCUAAAAUGCUUUUGAGAGUUCAGACCUAGGACAGUUUUCUAUGAUGAGUGUGUAUAUGUCCUUUUAUGUUCGUUCUAGCGAGUCAGGGCCCAAUGUGCCAAGCAAACGUUUUCUACUUCCUGGCCAAGCUGCAAAGUGAAAAACAGACGCAACUUAAAAUAUAUUUUGUUCUCUACUGUUGGAGUGAGGGCUGUGUUCAUAUUUUCUGAUACAUCAUGACGGCUUGUCCAUGAAGUAUGAACCCAAUCUAGUUCCCAUCAUCACAGAACAGCAGGACUACAGCCUGUGAUGUGACGUCACUGUAACGAUCACCCCUGACAUAAUUGUUGAAAGUGGCAAAAAUAUAAUUGCUGUAAAUAACAAAGUUUAAAAAAAAAAAUGUUUCUUGAUUGUCUGUCAUUAUUACAAUGGGAAGUAUUUCGAUUCUGUAAUGUAUUUAAAGUGGUUGCAUCCUGUUCUAUUUCUUUUUUUUUUUCCAGGCCAUUUUUGAACAACCCCAAGCUUUGACAGAGCAAUGAAAGACAACUAUAUGUGUAUUUAAGAUAUACAUAUGAUAUUCUACCACAAAUACAAACCCAGGCUAAUCUGAAAUGUAUAAAUGAUGCUUAUACUAAGGACUAAAUCCAGUCGUCUGUUAAUUAUUUGUUUUGAUGAGUUCUGAGUGCUGGUGGUCUUGUUCUCCUUCAGAUGUACUGAACAAGAGCAUUUUUGAGACAAAGGCAAAGUGAUAACAUUUUGAAUCUUUUUUUUUCUUUCUUGGAAUAAAUCUGGUGAAAGGCU